AUGGCCGUCCUGCUUGGUGUCAGCAAUGGCAUCACAGUCGCCGCCAGUAAGGUCGCUGAGAAAACCGUGAUCGAUCCCAAUUCGAUACAAACCACGGAAGAUAUUAGCUACCAUAUAUCGACUCGCCAAUUGUCUGAUCACGACUUUGAUGAGGAAAGAGCGCGUAGAAUUGGUGGCGGGGACGCAAUGGCAACAAAUAAUGAUACACCAAGCAAUCAGGUUUACGGGACCCACACUAGCAUUGGGUUGAUGAACUCGAAUGGCGUCACUCACGACGGGGAAUGCAAUCGAUUCACGAAUUGGUGGAAGCGUCUCUUUAACAAGAGCAUCAAGAAGUGUGAUGAAGAAGACACUCGUCGGCUUCGCAGCUGA